UGGCCCCGUGAGGCCCUCCUCUCCGUGUCCCAGACCUUCUUCCAGAACGUGGAGUUUGGCAGUGAGGAGAUGAAGGAUCGUUUCAGUGAGAUGUGUGUGGAGAUCCACGUCAGUGUGACAGACAUGGCCGAGAGGUUCUACUCUGAGCUGAGACGACGCUACUACACUACCCCCACCUCUUACCUGGAACUGAUUAACCUCUACCUGGCCAUGUUGGGAGAGAAGAGACAGCAACUAGUGGCUGCUCGUGACAGGGUAAAGAAUGGUCUGACUAAGCUGUUGGAGACCAACGUGUUGGUGGAUAAGAUGAAGGUAGACCUGUCAGCUCUGGAGCCUGUCCUCAAACAAAAGUCUAUAGACGUCAACGCCCUCAUGGGGAAACUAGCCGUGGACCAGGAGAGUGCAGACAAGGUGCGUAAAGUGGUGAAGGAGGAUGAGGCCCUGGCCAAGGUGAAGGCUGAGGACACCCAGGCCAUAGCAGCAGAUGCCCAGAGGGACCUAGACGAGGCUCUGCCUGCUCUGGAAGGUGCCAACAAGGCCCUGGACUCACUGGACAAGGCAGACAUCUCAGAGAUCAGGGUCUUCACCAAACCACCUGACAUGGUCAUGACUGUCAUGGAGGCCGUCUGCAUCCUGCUGGGCAGCAAACCAGACUGGUCCAGUGCCAAGCAGGUGCUGGGUGACUCCUACUUCCUCAGGAAGCUGAUGGAAUAUGACAGAAACAUUAAGCCCCAGAUUCUCCAGAAGCUUCAGAAGUACGUGAACAACCCGGACUUUGUCCCUGAGAAGGUGGAAAAGGUGUCCAAGGCCUGCAAGUCCAUGUGUAUGUGGGUCCGGGCCAUGGACCUCUACUCCAGAGUCCUCAAGGAGGUCGGACCCAAGAAAGAAAGACUGGCCGCCGCACAGACGGAGCUGAACGCUACCAUGGCAACCCUGAAGGAGAAGCAGGCCCAGCUACAGGAAGUACAGAACAAGAUUAAGAUCCUCCAGGACCAGUUUGACCAGAGCAUCGCAGAGAAGGAGGGUCUGGCUAAGACCAUGGCUCUGACCGAGGCGAGGCUGGGCCGUGCAGGGAAGCUGACAGCAGCUCGGGAUGAGCAGGUUCGCUGGCAGGAGAGCAUCGAACUGUUUGAACAGGAGAUCCAUAACGUGGUGGGAAACGUCUUCAUCGCUGCAGCCUGCGUGGCGUACUACGGAGCCUUCACAAUGCACUAUAGACAACUGCUGAUAGACCAGUGGAUUGUGCGAUGCCAGGAGUUGGGCAUCCCCAUCAGUGCCAGCUUCAGCCUCAUCAACAUCCUGGGUGACCCCUAUGAGAUCCGCCUGUGGAAUGCUGAGGGGUUGCCCCGGGACACCGUUUCCACUGAGAAUGGAAUCCUGGUUACCCGUGGACGCCGCUGGCCACUCAUGAUCGACCCUCAGGAUCAGGCCAACCGUUGGAUCCGUUCCAAGGAGACCAAGAACGGUCUGAAGGUGAUCAAGCUGACCGACUCUGGCUUCCUGCGAACCCUGGAGAACGCCAUCCGCAUGGGCAUGCCCGUACUGCUGGAGGAGCUGAAGGAGACUGUGGACCCGGCUCUGGAGCCCAUCCUGCUGAAGCAGACGUUUGUGGCGGGCGGCCGCACCCUCAUCCGCCUCGGAGACUCCGACAUUGACUACAACAAGAAAUUCAGAUUCUACAUGACCACCAAGAUGGCCAACCCACACUACCUACCUGAGGUGUGUAUCAAAGUGACCAUCAUCAACUUCACUGUGACCAAGUCUGGUCUGGAGGACCAGCUUCUCAGUGACGUGGUUCGUCUGGAGCGUCCUGACCUGGAGGAACAGAGGAACCAGCUGAUUGUGAGGAUCAACGCCGACCGCAACCAGCUGAAGGCCAUCGAGGACCGCAUCCUCAAACUGCUCUUCAACUCCAAGGGAAACAUCCUGGACAACGAGGAGCUGGUGCAGACCCUGCAGGAGUCAAAGGUGACGUCCGAGGCCAUUAAGCAUCGUUUGGAGGAGGCGGAGGCGACAGAGCUGAUGAUCAACGCGGCCAGGGAGCGCUAUCGGCCCGUGGCCACACGAGGCUCCGUCAUGUACUUUGUCAUCGCCAGCCUCUCUGAGAUAGACCCCAUGUACCAGUUCUCCCUCAAGUACUUCAAGCAGCUCUUUAACUCCACCAUAGAGAUAUCAGAGAAGAGCAGUGUUCUGGAAGAGCGCCUGCAGAUCCUCCUGGACCAGACCCUGCUCACCAGCUACACCAACAUAUCCCGUGGCCUGUUUGAGCAGCACAAGACCAUCUACAGCUUCAUGCUUUGUGUGGACAUCAUGCGCCAGCAUGGGGAGGUCACUGACGCAGAGUGGCAGCACUUCCUGCGAGGAGCGCCCCCCCUAGACAAGGAUCAUCCAGAGAGGCCUGAGGUGCCAUGGCUGUCAGAGUUUACCUGGCAGACAUGCUGUGAGCUGGAGGACACUCUGCCCUGCUUCAAUGGCAUCAAGAGAGAGAUCACCGCCACACCCAUCUCUAUAAAACUAGGUCGUCUGGAAGUGUGUUUCAACCCAGAGAACUGGCAGGGCUACGUGUCUGACUCCCAGCUGCCUCCCUACUCAGAGGAGAUGUCUGAAGAAGAGAAGGAAAAGGCAAACGGGGUCAGGGGUCACUGGGAUCAGAGACUGGGGGCCUUCCAGAAACUGGUGCUCAUCAAGAGCUUCAUGGAGGAGAAGGUGGUGUUUGCGGUGACAGAGUUUGUGAUCGUGAGCCUGGGGAAACAGUUUGUAGAGAACCCUCCUGUUGACCUGGCCACUCUCUACAGUGACAUGUCUCCCUCCACCCCCCUGGUCUUCAUCCUCAGUACCGGAUCAGACCCCAUGGGAGCCUUCCAACGCUUUGCCAAGGAGAGGGGAUACCUGGACAGGGUGAGGUCUAUCUCUCUAGGUCAGGGUCAGGGUCCUAUAGCUGAGAAGAUGAUUCUGGAAGCUCUGAAGAGUGGUAACUGGAUCUUCCUCCAGAACUGUCACCUGGCUGUGUCCUGGAUGUUAGCCAUGGAGGAACUUAUCAAGACCUUCACUGAGCCGGACACGGUGAUCCAUGAGAACUUCAGGUUGUUCCUGAGCUCCAUGCCCACCAAGGUGUUCCCUGUCACCGUCCUCCAGAACUCUGUCAAGGUGACCAACGAGCCUCCUAAGGGUCUACGUGCCAACGUGCGCCGGGCGUUCACUGAGAUCACCAACAACUUCUUUGAGGAGCACAUCCUGGGACGCCAGUGGAGGAAGAUCAUCUUUGGAGUCUGCUUCUUCCACGCCAUCAUACAGGAGAGGAAGAAGUUUGGUCCUCUGGGUUGGAACAUCCGUUAUGAGUUCAACGACAGCGACAGAGAGUGUGCCCUGCUCAACCAGAACCUCUACUGUCAGACUGGUCACAUACCUUGGGAUGCUCUCAUCUACAUCACUGGGGAGAUAACCUACGGAGGCAGGGUGACUGAUGCCUGGGACCAGCGCUGUCUCCGCACCAUCCUCAAACGGUUCUUCUCUCCUGUCACCCUGGACCCAGGGUACACCUUCUCCACCUCAGGUGUCUACUUUGCCCCCGAGGCAGACAGACUGAGUGACUAUAACAGGUACAUAGAGAACCUUCCUCUCAUAGACGACCCUGAGAUCUUUGGUAUGCACGAGAACGCCAACCUCGCCUUCCAGCGUCUGGAGACUAUGACCCUGAUCAACACCAUCCUGGAGGUACAGCCUCGCUCGUCAGCCCGCGGCGGGGGCAAGAGCAACGACGAGAUCGUCCACGAGCUGGCCGACUCCAUCCUCGCCAAGAUCCCGGAGUGUCUGGAUAUGGAUGAGGCAGCAGAGGCUCUGUUUAUUCGUGACGCCAACGGACGCCUCAACUCCCUCACCACCGUCCUCGGACAGGAAGUAGACCGCUUUAACAACCUGCUGCGGGUCCUCAGGGUGUCUCUGUGUACCCUCCAGAAGGCUAUAGCAGGGCUGGUAGUGAUGUCAGAGGAGAUGGAGAGGAUCUACACCAGUUUCCUCAACAACCAGGUUCCAAACCACUGGAGCACCUCAGCCUACCCCUCCCUCAAACCCCUGGCCAGCUGGGUUAAAGACCUGGCCCUCAGGACCUGCUUCAUCGAGAACUGGAUCACGCGGGGUCAGCCCAAAUCCUUCUGGAUCUCUGGACUAUUCUUCCCUCAGGGCUUCCUCACUGGGGCGCUACAGAACCACGCCAGGACCUAUAACCUCCCCAUCGACGAGCUCAACUUCCGUUUCAACGUGUUGCCGGUCUACCUAGACCAGGGGGCCGUGAGCGAGGCUCUGAAGACCCUACCGGCCGGGGGCGAGCUGGACAUGGACUCUGAGCUACCCACCAUCAACGACGGCGUGCUGGUGCACGGGAUGUUCAUGGACGCCAGUCGCUGGGACGACGUCGACAUGGUGAUCGAGGAUGCGUUGCCGCGGGUGAUGAACGCCAUGCUUCCCGUGGUGCACUUCGAACCCCAGCAGAACUAUGACCCUGAUCCGUCUCUCUACCAGGCUCCGCUGUACAAGACCUCAGCUCGGGCUGGGACUUUGUCUACUACAGGCCACUCUACUAACUUUGUGGUGACGGUGAUGCUGCCGUCCAGCCUGCCUAGUGACUACUGGAUCACCAAGGCCUCAGCCCUGCUCUGUCAGCUCAACGAGUAGUGACCCACCCACCCACAGGCACCACACACACACACACCGCUGUACCUCUGCACCUUCAUUACCAGCAGCAGUGAUGAAGCCCAUUCUCUAUGGACUCUUGUUUUCUGGAACCAGUGACUGUUUCUCCCGUCUGUAUCGAGGAGUGUUCUCCUGUGUACUCUGUCUCUCUCUGCUAAUCAGCUGAAGGGGUUAUUUACACGGGGGCCCAAAAUGGCAUGUUUCUUUUCUUUUCCGAGUUGCUUUGAUUAAAUACCAUGUAGCAGUGCUGUUAUCGUUUGUGCAUUUUGCUGUGUGCCUGGGAGAAGAGCAUGUCGCUACACCCGCAAUAACAGCUGCUAAAUAAUGUGGAUGUCACCAA